GUUGUACACUCAAUAUAUACAUUUUGUACAUGAAGGAAUGACUAAUAAUGUAGUAUAAACAGAUUUUUUGUAUCGUGUAUAACUUUUUGGUUAAUUAACUUCCAAAGUUAGACAUGAUUUUGAGGCUUCCAGGGUGGACUAACCUUUUAAUGUACUCUGGUGUACAAUGGAUGUCGUACUUACUAUCAAACAAUCUGUAUCCAGUAAGCAACCUGCUAGUAGUCUGAUAAUAGAUUGACCAGGGUCUGUCAACAGAUUCAGUGUUAUUUGUGUCCGCAAUCUGCUGUUGUUAUGUCAAUAGAGUCUGAUGACCAAAUCUGACAGCAGAUCGGUGGCAGAAAGCAAGCAAAAACUACAAUUUUUCUACUUAAGGGGAUGUCGGAGUGCCUGUUUUAGAUUUUACGUCGUCUAGACUGAACUGGUCGAAAAGCGCUUUUGCAUGCUUAAAGUAUUCACUGAAACAUACCCCGCAGAUCUAAUUUUUUCAUCGAAAAUAAAAAAAUUUUUAAGUUAGUUGUUUUCUAGCACAAUUCGUAGGUUAUAAAAAAUUUCUACGAUGCAUAUAAAAAAAAAAAGGAAAUAUCUGCAGGCUACAAAAUAUUCUAAGGAAUAACAUCCAAUCUUCAAAAAUAUGCUUAGAAGUUUUAGAAAACCACAGUUUCUUAUGGAAAAUUACUAUUACUUUUUGCUAAAAUGUAGAUAAAAGAGAGCAGUUUAGACGUCCAUAAUAGUUCACGGAUACCGCGCUAGUGGUGCCAGUGCUACAAUAAGCCACUGUGAGCACUGUAAAUAGGCAAAGCUGGGAAAUCUUUUCUGGGCGCACUGACGUUUUGCUCCUUCCACUUCUCACACAGAGAGACUACGCACGCUCGGCCGGACAGAAGCGUCUCUAUGUGAGAAGUGGAUGGAGUAAAACGCCAGUGCACCCGGGAAAGAUUUCCUAGCUCUGACUACAUAACCUCUUAGCAGACGACAACAGUAAACGACAACAUACGACAAAUAAUCGGACAAGACAGCAAAACAGUUGAGACAUGAAAAAAAAUAAUGCUCAUGCGGAGGCAAGCAGCGAAACCAAAAUGAAUAACGAGGAUGUUGUUUACGCAGCAAAAAUUGCACUGGAUAAAUAUGGAGCUGGCUUGAGUUCUGUAAGAUUCAUAUGUGGGACGCAGGAAAUACAUGUUGAAUUAGAGAAGAAAAUCUCUGUAUUUCAUGGUAGGGAAGAUGCUAUACUUUACGCAUCUUGCUUCGAUGCAAAUGCUGGUAUUUUUGAAGCUCUGUUAACUUCUGAUGAUGCAAUAUUAAGUGAUGAGUUAAAUCAUGCAUCUAUCAUCGACGGUAUUCGAUUGUGUAAAGCGAAGAAGUACAGAUAUAAGCACAGAAAUAUGGCGGAUUUAGAAAAUAAACUUCAGGAAAGCAGAUCGGCACGUUUACGCCUCAUUGCAAGUGAUGGAGUAUUUUCCAUGGAUGGUACUGUUGCACCAUUGCCCAAUAUAAUCGAACUUGCCGAAAAAUAUAAUGCUAUCACGUUCAUAGACGAUUGUCACGCUACUGGUUUUUUUGGUAAAACUGGCAGAGGUACAGAGGAGUAUUUUGAUCGUCUAGGUAGUGUUGACAUUAUUAAUUCUACAUUAGGAAAAGCUCUUGGUGGAGCAGCAGGUGGUUAUACUACUAGUAAGAAAGAAAUUGUCAGUUUACUAAGACAAAGAAGUAGACCAUAUUUAUUCUCAAAUUCAUUGCCUCCACCUGUAGUUGCUUCAGCGAGCAAGGUUAUGGAUCUUAUAAUGGACAAUGCAACAUAUUUGAAUCGUUUAGCAAACAAUACUGAGUACUUCAGAAAUACUAUGAUCAAAGCUGGUUUUACUAUCAGCGGUGAUAAUCAUCCUAUUUGUCCUGUUAUAUUGGGUGAUGCGAAAUUAGCAACAAAAUUUGCAGACAAAAUGAUUGAAAAAGGAAUUUACGUCGUUGGAUUCAGCUAUCCUGUAGUGCCAAAGGAUAAAGCACGAAUACGUGUCCAAAUUAGCGCAAUGCAUUCAACAGAAGAUAUAGAUUAUGCCGUGAAUGCUUUUAUACAAAUCGGAAAAGAACUGGCAGUAAUUCAAUAAUUAUUUUCUUCAUAUUAUAAAGAUAUUAACAUAAGAAAAAAUACAUAUUGUUAAUUGGUCAUUGAUUUUUAAGAAUUUUUAAACAAAUUUAUACCAAAAAUAAAUUUAUCAAUAUAUACUCGAAAAUUCCGUUCAAUAAACUUUGGAAUUUAAAA